GUAGGCCGAGGAUUAGACCUCACAUACCAGCUGGUGUCAAAAACCUGUCCCUUGAUGAUCUCUCGCAAGCACUGUGUUUUCCAGCAAAAUGCAGAAGGGCAGUGGACUGUCAAGGAUAACAAGAGUCUAAAUGGAGUCUGGCUUAAUAAGCAGCGCCUGGACCCCUCAAAAGUGUAUCCUAUCGCUGAAGGAGACCGUAUCCAGUUGGGAGUGCCUUUGGAAAACAAAGAGACUGCUGAAUAUGAGUAUGAAGUAAUUAAAGAAGAAUGGGAGAAAAUCAGACCCUUUUUAGCCCAAAGGAGUGACCUGGGAAAAUAUAAGAGUUCAAGAACUAAACGUAAAUUUAGUUUGGAGGAAUCGGAGACAUCUGGAUCGGAAGGCCCUUCAAACUCCAGAACCAAAAGAGACAGAAUGUCCUUUGACAAUGAACAUUUGGGUGAAUCAUGGGGAAGGGUAGAAGAGGCCAAACAGUUAACAGAGAAGAUGGAUGUCAAGCUGCCUUCUCCUGGACCAAGUGAGGAGGACAGUGGUCCAGUGCACAGUAGCCCUGUGUGCUCUGACAAAGCUGUGCCUGUCCCCCUUAAGGACCAGAAAGGCUCUGGACUUGCACAGUCAUGGACUGGCUUGGGAAUGCUGAGGAAAACUCUAGUAGAUAUAAUGAAGUUAAAGGUCAAAGUGCAGGAGAAGCAGACAGCCGUUCUGAACAUGAAGCAGAAGCGCAGGAAGAGUGCCCAGAAGGAGAUCCAGGCAAUGGAGGAGGAGCUGCGGGCGUUGCAGGACCAGCUAUGCACGGAACAAGAACAUCAUCAGCAGCAGGUGGAAGAGCUGGAGAGGACCUUCUCUAAAGAGCGGCAGAAGCUAGAGGGAGUAAAGUGGCAACAUGGGGAAGAGAAUCUGAAGGAGCAGCUGGCCCAGGUCCUGCAAGAGCAUCAUGCUUUGAUGGAAGAACUGCGCCGUAGUAAAAAAGAUUUUGAGGAGAUAAUUCAAGCCAAGAAUAGAGAACUGGAAGAAACCAAGGAGGAGAAGGAAAAGGUGAGGGCCCAAAAAGAAGAGGUGUUGAAUCAGAUGAAUGAAGUGUUGGAGAAUGAGUUGCAGUGCACAAUCUGUUCUGAGCACUUCAUCGAGGCGGUCACUCUGAACUGUGCGCACAGCUUCUGCUCCUACUGUAUCAAUGAAUGGACGAAACGUAAAGUGGAGUGUCCUAUCUGCAGGCAGGAGAUCAAAUCCAAGACACGCUCUCUGGUGCUGGAUAACUGCAUUGACAGGAUGGUAGAAAAACUGGAUGUGGAAAUGAAAGAGCAUCGCCUGAGCCUUAUCAGAGAGCGGAAAGAGAAACAGCAUGUGUUGGUGAAACCAGCCACAGACAAUGACAGCAGCGUCAUUUCUUCCAUCUACCCCAUCUUGUCAAUGAGCAGGUGUGACUGUGAGGAGGAUUCUUACCACAAUGAAAGCUACCACAUGAUCUAAAAUAAACACUGUUACUGCAGGCUCCUUUGCCUGUAUGUUGCCCAGAAGCAACCCAGUGGUGUACGUUUGACUACUGCUGGCUGAGUGAACUGGCCAUCUGGAAGGGGAGACUCUGUGAAGAGGCUGGAGCUG